AUGCCUAAAAAAGCGAAAUCGGAAAAGUCAAAGAAAGAACCAGUAAAGAGCAAAAACAGCUCAAACGACGUUGAUAAAGCGUUCGUCAAAAAAGCAGACUCGACGAGUGCGAAUAAAAUUCUAGCGCAGAUCACUAUCCCGCAAAUUCCAUGCGAUGCGAUUCAACCUUGGUCAGAUGCGUUUCAUACUUGCUUUAUCAUGUUUUACUUGUUUGAUGCUCUUUGUGGGCAGCAUAUUUAUUUAUAUAAACGCUACUGGUGGUGGCCCGUUGGAGUAUACAGUCAGUCCUCCGCCAUGAAUACAGACAUGAUCGACACUCGGAUAUUCAUUUUCAUUCUGCUCGCCAUUUUUCAAUAUGCACUGCCAAUUUGUCUUGACAAGUUCACAUCAGCUUGGAGCCGCCUUGAAGGUGAAAUAUUCUCAGUGAGGUCAAUCGCUAGUCGAAGUAAUAUCACCGAAUAUUUGACGAUAUUCUUCAUGGGUUCAUGUAUGCAGAUAUGGUUCAUCUCUCUACUGACGAUUAUCUGUCAUUACCUGAGUAUUGGAAAUUAUAUGGCAGUUAUUCUUCUUGCUCUACCGAUUUUUAUCAAAACUGUUAUUGGGCUUUAUCACAUGAUGUUCUUAGCUUCCAAAUGUCGAAAAAGAUAUGGCCCCAGUGUAUCUAUGUCCUAUUUCGAUCUAUAUUCUGAAGCUAGAAACUUCUUUCUUUCACAAGAAAUCAUCAAUCAUUUCGGCGAGAGCGGGGACGUCAAAAAGACCAGAUUAGAGGUCCACAGCUUUCUCGAUGACUUUGGAGUCCGUCUUAUGAAAGCACUCGAAGGUGCUUACUACAUCUGCUACAUCUCUUAUCUCUUUUGCCCGUCGAAUCUCGCUGCGGAUGCUGCCUGGCCUACAGUGCAUGCAGUAAUGAUAAUAAUGAACAUGCUCAUCUUCCAACUUUCUCAUACGAUCUCUCCAAUCUACCUUCACUCUGCUUACAAAAUCACCUGCCAGCUCGGCCAGUGGAAGAAAGUCGACGGACCAGCGAAUGCAUCUGAAGCAGAAGAUCCAGAAUGGAAGGAUGGCGAGCGAUAUCCAAAAGGAACUAUCGUCAGGUGGAACAAUCAGCGCUGGAAAGCCAUCGGCAAAUUCGUCAAUGCUGCUCGCCCCGGUCACAGAAGAGAAAACUCGUUUUACAAGAUUUUUGGCCCGAGUCUAUUUUUAUACAUCUUCAUGAUUUGCUUCCAAGUGACAAUUCUGUCUUUCCAGUUGGCGCUUAUGCACGAUGCUCAGUACGAUCGACUCAUCGCCAUUUGCUGCGAACAAUUCUGCGGCUACUGGAACCUCUUCCGCCUCGUCAGAAAUUAUAUCACAAUCGAAAAGUGUUACCAGCUCAGCUCACCGCUGUGUUAUGAGCCCGAGAUUAUCUUGUCAAGAAUCUCACAAGCUUCUCAAUGA